CAAUUCGCGAACCUCCGGGAGAAUUACGGCGAGUUGAAAGACAAAUCGUUUUGUUGCGCUGCCCAUUCAUGUGAAUUACCGAAUUUAAAACGAACCUACCUUGAAACUGGAAUCCCCAUUGUUGGCGAUGAAAUCCCCAAAUGUAAAGCCACAAUUUCCACCUUGAUUUCAAGAUCUCGUUCCUCACCGCGCCUUUGAUCGUUUGAAGCCUCCAAUCAAUCCUACACCAUUUCACCCAUGGUUUGCUGGACUUGCCACCCAACUGCGGAUCCUGGAUGCUUCAACCUAUUCACUAAACUUUACGUGUUUUCGCCGGUCAACUCGAAUCUGGAGCGUCAGCAUCACACUUACCCUCGUUUGAAGCGGCAGAAGUGAAGAUGCCGCUUCGAAUCACGACAUGGAACGUCAACGGCAUAAGAAAUCCCUUUGGGUACCAACCCUGGCGGGAGAAACGCACUUUCCAGGCCAUGUUUGACACCCUAGAAGCAGAUAUCGUGGUGAUGCAGGAGACCAAAAUCCAGAGAAAAGAUCUCACUGAUGACAUGGUUCUGGUCCCCGGCUGGGACGUGUUCUUCAGCCUUCCAAAGCACAAAAAGGGAUACUCCGGCGUGGCCAUAUAUACGCGCUCUUCUAAGUGCUGCCCUAUCCGCGCAGAAGAAGGCAUCACUGGCACACUCUGUCCCCCGAAUUCCUCGACCAAGUUCCGAGACCUCCCUGUUGACCAACAGAUUGGCGGGUACCCUGCUCCUGGGCAACUUUCAGACUCAGUCGACGAGCCAACCCUCGAUUCCGAAGGCCGCUGCGUUGUUCUGGAGUUCCCUGCCUUCGUUCUCAUCGGGGUAUACAGCCCUGCGAACCGGGACGAGACGAGGGACGAGUUCCGCCAGGCCUACAUUGAUGCUAUCGACGUCAGGGUCCGCAACCUCGUUGCCAUGGGGAAACAAGUCUUCCUCUGUGGUGACCUCAACAUCAUCCGCUGCGAACAAGAUACCGCCGGUUUGGCAGAGCGCCUGCGGAAGGCGGAGAUGACGCUCGACGAUUUCUUCUCCACACCCUCCCGGCGCUUCUUCAACCAGAUCGUGUUCGGGGGGCGUGUCAUUGGGGAGAGAGAUGAAGGCCGGGAAGAGCCCGUGCUUUGGGAUCUUUGCAGGGAAUUCCAUCCUACCCGUGCCGGCAUGUACACCUGCUGGGAGACUCGGAAGAAUGCGCGGCCGGGCAACUUUGGGAGCCGGAUAGACUACGUGCUGUGCAGCCCCGAGAUCAAGGAUUGGUUCAUCGACUCCAACAUCCAAGAAGGCUUGCUGGGCUCAGAUCACUGCCCCGUAUACGCUACGAUUGACGACACCGUCAACGUCGGUGGCACCAAGAUCUGCAUAGAGGAUGUCAUGAACCCGGUGGACAUGUUCAAGGAUGGCAAGCGCCAGCGAGAAUGGUCACCAAAGGACCUGCUUCCGGCAUCCGCUAAGCUCAUCCCCGAGUUUGACCGCCGACGGAAUAUCCGGGACAUGUUCUUCAAGAAAGCCACACCAUCAGCAAAGGUGGAUUCCAAGCUCACCACGGCUGGCUCUCAGGAUACACCUCGUGUCACUGGUACUGCACUCGAUGGAGGGGAUAGUAACGGGUCCCGGAAAGAAAGCGUUGUUUCCAUUGCGCAAUCGUCAAGUCAGCCAGCAGUGAUGGCAACAGACCUGGCGACAAUCACCACCACUACUCCACAGAAGCCACCUCUACCCAAACGACAAGCAGAAUCCUCGAUAUCUCCACACCGGCCGCAAAAGAAGGGUAAACCGGCCCUCAGCAGAGAGAAUUCGACAAAGUCAACGCCGGGCUUCGCGCAAAGCAGCCUUAAAGGGUUCUUCAAGCCCAAAACACCUACACCAGGCACCACGCCUACCACCGAGAGCGACAGCACCGCCGGUACCCCCCCCACUCCGAACAAAGCAUCUGCGGGGCGGGCCUCCAAGCAACGACGUGGGGCAGGCGAACCAAGCAGCACGCCCGCCACUGAGAACGACACCCAGAACACGGUCGAGGAAAGCCCAAAACCGGAAAAGUUCUCUCCUGAGAGGGUGUUCGAUCCUAUCGAGGCGAAGGAGUCCUGGUCCAAGCUGCUCGGCAAGCGGGUCCUCCCCAAGUGCGAGCACGGCGAUGAAUGCCAGACGCUGGUAACUAAGAAACCCGGCGUCAAUUGCGGCAGGUCCUUCUUCAUGUGCGCCCGCCCGUUGGGCCCCUCGGGAGACAAGGAACAAGGAACCGAGUUUCGCUGUCGCACCUUCAUCUGGAGUAGCGACUGGAACGGCCGCCAGUAAGGCCAAGCGGGAGGAGAGGGGGGGGG